AUGGCGGAUCCGCGUGUUGUGACUCUUGUUCACAGCCUCCGUGAACGCUUGGAUGCUACUCUAGCAGAUCAUCCUAAUGACAUGUUGUUGAUUCUGUCAAGGAUUGAAGAGCAUGGAAAAGGAAUCCUGAAAACGCACCAGCUUCUUGCUGAGUUUGAAGCAAUUUGCGAAAGUGACAAAGAAAAACUGCAGGAUCAUGCAUUUCAAGAAGUUUUAAAGUUCACACAGGAAGGCAUUGUGCUGCCUUCGACUACGGCCCGGGGUUUGGGAAUAUGUGCAUGUCAAUGUCCUGAAUUGUUUCUUUGUGAAUCUCUCGUCAAUUUGGCUGAGCAGUACUCUUCCAUUGGAAAUGGAGUCGAAUUCCUCAACAGGCACCUCUCUGCAAAGAUGUUCCAUGACAGAGAUAGCUUGACCCCUCUUCUUGAUUUCCUCGGAAUGCACCACUAUAAGGGCAAGACAAUGAUGCUAAAUGACAGAAUACGAAACCUAAAUUCUCUCCAAGCAGUUCUCAGGCAGAGGAAUACCUGUCAACACUUCCUUCAGAAACACCAUACUCGGAAUUUGAACAUAAGCUCCAAGAGAUCGGAUUGGAGAGAGGAUGGGGUGAUAAUGCUGAACGAGUGUAUGAGAUGA